AUGGCCGACGACGAUUACCGUGGGCAUCUUGGGCUUUUUCCUCAAUGCGUGAUUGGCGACAAUGAUUCAACGUCCUACCGCGGUCAUACCCGGCCAUUUCCCUUCCCACAGCCGGGCUAUACAAGGACUAGAGCCAACGGCUAUUUACUAUGCCGCUACCCAGGGUGCAAGGGAUGCGCUGCUUCGCCCGAAUUCAUACCGAUACACUGCGACUGCUGUGAGAUUUUCAAAGCAAACUGCUAUGUCGAGGACACGGAUGUAUUAUCUCGGCUUUGGACAUUUGCUGCAUGGAAAAAACCAUGGCGAGGAACGCUGCCCAUUCACCUGGCCAACCGGGGCAUCGAUAUGCACAUGUUGAAGAGAACAGCACAGCUUGCAGGGCUUCCAUUAUUGUGCAAACUGCCGAUGGAGCUGCUCGAAAUGAUCCGAGGCUACUCGCACUAUUCAUUGUUCUGGAGGUGUAUCUCGGCACUUCUAUUAGCGAACCGUGUGUCGAGCACUGAACUGAAACCUCUUGUUACAAUGUCGUUGAGCCGCAUUCUCUCCUGGGAACGCAACGGCAGUCUCGAACAUGACACACCCGAUUCACUACCUCCGGCAAUCAGAUUGACCAUCAACUCGGGCGGGAUAAGCAAGAUUGACAGCAUAUCCUGCGAACAAAGGUACUCAAGGGAGUGUUAUGAUCACUCUUUGUUCGUCGUCGUGCGCCGAGAACUUGUUUCGGAUGUCACCGCGCAGCUUCAGAACGGUCUCCUGCGUCUUCACCUCCCUUCCAGGAUACCCUCACUUCCAAUAUGGAACACGCCGGUCCCCCCCAGCUUGUCCUCCUGUGCGGCUCGUCCAGCUCGGCUCUCCACCUGGAAGCGCUUCACUGCUGUUGAAAUGGAUAACAUACGGGGUAUCACCUUCUUCUUUUCAUCGGGCUUGAUCAAAGGCAUUCAUGUCCACCACUCGGAAGAAUCAUCUGCUCAAUGGGCCUUUGAUCGUUUCUCAAACAGGCCGCGACGGUACUUGGUCUGGAUUCAUUUACCAAUGCCGAAAGGCGAUCGACUUCUCGUUCUUGGGACCCGCGAGCACCCGGACAUCGGAUAUAACAUCCUUGCUCGAACACAACUGAGUGGUGAUGUCAUCCUUGGAACGCACAUACGAAGCGGCUUCACAGACCGUUGUCUGGCAAAACAAGCCCCCAUCACCUUGAUCCAUGGCGAGCCGAGGGAAAACCAUCCCAUCCCGUUCUUCGGAGCAUAUUCCAAAUCCGCCGCAUACUCGGGACUUCCCAGCCGUUUCCCCUUGCAGAGGCCUGGUCCUAGCCCAAUCGGCGAGGACUCGUUCUUCUCAUCGGCACCCCUAGAGAGCGUUUCUUCGGCAAGAACCUUCUACGACGAGACUACCGGGUUUUGUAGAGGUAUCAUGCUUCAAUAUGAAAACGGCGGGUGUCGUACUCUCGGGCAAUGUCGUAUUCAUUCAAAGUUUGCUUUCGGGUCGAGUCUUAUGAAAAUGACAGGGGUCAUUUGUUUUACAGGGUAG